AUGUUCGUUUCGGCCAGCUCCUCCCUCCCCCAGCUUCCCCCGCUCGAUCCUACCAAGACUACCCAGCGUCAAAUGCCUUUACUCCUCAAUUACUCGGACCGCAUGCGAGACCUAUUCAAUCGGAUACUUGCAGUUGAGCUUCAGACUCGGCGGCGGUUUCAGCGAGUCAAGUCAGCCAAAGUCUCCGUGUCGCUUUAUGCCCCUGCUUGCCGACUACUCGCUCGGCUCUCGUCCUACGAAUACUUUGCAUAUAUUGGAUCGCACCGCGGAGCGCGCGCUUUGAACCAGUUGAACCAUGUCAUGCGUCGGCUUAUCACUACCGGGUGCCACCACGCUGAUCCUUACUGUUACACUCUGGCUCGUGCUACGACGUGCGUCGGGAAGAAAGCUUCACCCCUGCGAACCUACCGUCGUCAUCCCACCACGGAUCCCAUUCACAUUACCAAGCGGGUUCUUGGUCUUGAUAAUGGCACGGUCAAACUUGCUCGGAGGAACCUGGAUCCCGCACCCGGUGACCCCCGCGGGCUCCUUGCAGACAUGCAUGAUCUUGUCGACGGCUCGCGUGGUCCGGGCCGCUACCUCGACGCCCUCAGCUGCGAAGCCUCCCAAGAGUUACCGUCUUCUGGUGAUCGCGCGGACCUUUUGGCGGUGAUUCGCCACAUGGUCGCUACGGGCACGGCACGGCAUCUUUUCGGUGAGGUGAAUCCCCUCUCCGAGAACCCUGAGCUGGAAGAGUCUUUCUGGAAGUUUGACGAGGGCGUGGUGUUACGUCUGUUUUCCGACCCUGAGCUCCUUGAAAGAGUGCGCGGCGAGAUCAAGACAGCUCUUGCAGCCAGUGAGGAGCAAAGCGGCCCUGACAUGCUAAGCAUCAUCAUUGCUCGUGACAGGUGUCCCACGCUCUCGGCUGUCUUCAGGGAAUGCCUACGGAUCGGCUCGGAGAACUUUUUGGUCAGACUCCUCAAAGAGGACAUCAUGCUGGCAGACAAGUACUUCGUCAAGAAAGGUGCUGUCGUGCAGAUAUCCUACGGCGUCAUUCACUCUGACAGGUCAAUCUGGGGCGAUGACGCCGACCAUUUCAACCCCGGCUAG